CACAAGCCCAGGAAGUAAUUCGAAAGACCUAACCGACCACCCCACCUUUUCCAGCUUGGCACCCUACCACCUCUUUCUGAUUUCCUUGCUUUACAGAUUCAACCUUUAAGUCAAUAAUAACUUAUGCGUACCGUAUGUAUUGUUGUUUUUUUUUUUUUUUCAGAAGACCGUAUGUAUAUAUAUCACGCAUAAAACCUCAAUAUAAUCAAUUUAUCUUCUGAUCCAUCUUUUCCCUAAGGUAAGAGUGUCACAAUCCCCAAAACCCAAAAGGAAAAAAUGCCAACAAAAUCAUCAGUUCUUGAAAAAGUCUCAUCAAGCUUUAUGAAGAUACCAAUUAGCCUAGCAAAAAUGAGAAAACCCAUUUCACUUAAUCUGAUAUUCUUCAAGAAAAAAUCAGGAAUCAUCGCCAAAUUUAAGUUUCAUAGGCACUACAAUUAUGGGUUUAUCCGAGAGUGCCGAUUUUCGGCUUCGGGUACUCGUCUUAUUUUCCCGCGCAAGAAGCAGUACUACAGUACAGAGAGGAAAAACAGGAAAAAUUUACAUUCAUUGCUGGUAAUGUGUACAUGCUUAGGGAAAUUUGGUGUUGAAGAAAGAGAGGAGGUUUACUCAUCAAUGGAGGUUUUGCCUCCUGUUAAAAAUGGGAUUACAAGCUGCAAGGAGGAAGAGAUGGAAAUGUUGGAGAUAGGCAGCGGUGAAUUUGGCGUAUCGUCAGUUGAUGAAAGAGCAGAGAGAUUUAUACAGAAGUUUUAUGCGCAGAUGAGAAUGCAAAACCAAGAAGCGAGUGAUACAACUAGUUUGCUCCUCGCUGAUUAGAUUAGUAAAAAAAAAAACUCUGAACCCGGUGCACACUAAAUUAGUGUGCACCCUAUAGAUAUUAUAUAGGUUGUAAUGAUUAGAACUUUUACAAUUUUGUUUUUCUUCCUUAUUAGGUUUUCUUUAUUUUUUCAGUUUUUCUUUCAUAACUAUUUCAUUUUCUCCCUCUUCAAGUUCUUAUUCUAUUUUUCAGUAUUUGUGAUAUAGUUGAUUGUACAACUGAACCCAUUAUAAAAGAUUAAGAUUAUAUUGUC